AUGCAACGCAUCUGCUUAGUGUUGCUCAGUUUGUGCGCCGUCGCCAUGGCUGGCUAUCUGGGCGGCGGCGGUAGCGGCUGGAGCUCCGGUGGAGGUGGCGGUAGUCGCGGCUGGAGCUCAGGCGGCGGUGGUGGUGGUUGGAGUGGUGGCGGURGCGGUAGCAUCUCCUUAUGGCCCAGCAAAUCCUCUUACAGCGGCGGUGGAGGCGGCAGUGGCUGGCGCUCUUCGGGUGGUGGUUGGUCUGGAGGCGGUGGUGGCGGUGGCUGGCCGGGCAAGUCUAGCUACAGCAGCGGUUGGUCGAGCGGUGGUGGUGGCGGUAGCGGCGGUGGCUGGAAAAUAAGCAGUCUCGGCGGUUCGGGUGGUUACGGUCAUGGCGGUGGCGGUAGCGGCGGCUGGGCGCAGGCACUAUCUGGUUGGAAAUCGGGUCUCGGUGGUGGUGGCAGCAGUGGCUGGAAGUCAGGUGGUGGCGGUGGUGGUGUCUGGAAGAUUAGCAGUGGGGGCGGUAGUGGCGGUUAUGGCGGCGGUUGGCCAUCAGGCGGCAGCAGUGGUUGGUCAUCGGGCGGUGGUGGCGGCGGUUGGAAGUGGUAA